AUGAAGGUCACAACCUCCCUCGCAACCCUCAUCCUGGGUGCCUCUACUGUCUUGGCUGCCCCAGCUAUUGAAGAGAAGCGCUCCAGUGUUACCCCCAUCACUGUCAAGGGUAACGCCUUCUUCAAGGGUGACGACCGCUUCUACAUCCGUGGUGUCGACUACCAGCCUGGUGGUUCUUCGGACCUGGCUGAUCCCAUUGCGGACGCAACCGGCUGUAAGCGCGACAUCAAGAAGUUCCAGGACCUGGGCCUAAACACUAUUCGUGUUUACUCUGUUGAUAACUCCGCCGACCACGAUGAGUGCAUGAACGCUCUGGCAGAUGCUGGCAUCUACCUCGUCUUGGACGUCAACACUCCCAAAUACGCCAUCAACCGAGCUGACCCCAGUCCCUCGUACAAUGAUGUUUACCUUCAGUACAUCUUCGCCACUGUCGAAAUGUUUGCUAAGUACGACAAUACCCUCGCUUUCUUCUCCGGAAACGAGGUCAUCAACGAUGGUCCUUCGUCCAAGGCUGCUCCAUACGUCAAGGCUGUCACCCGUGAUCUCCGCUCAUAUCUGAAGGGUCGCAACCUGCGCCAGGUCCCCGUUGGCUAUUCAGCUGCAGAUAUUAACACCAACCGUCUCGAGAUGGCUGAGUACAUGAACUGUGGUAGCGAUGACGAGCGAAGUGACUUCUUCGCCUUCAACGACUACUCGUGGUGUGACCCCUCUUCCUUCACCACCUCUGGCUGGGAUCAGAAGGUCAAGAACUUCACCGGCUACGGACUGCCCCUCUUCCUUUCCGAAUACGGCUGCAACACCAACACCCGCAAGUUCGAGGAGGUCAGCUCGCUCUACUCUACCGACAUGACCUCUGUCUACUCCGGUGGUCUGGUCUAUGAGUACUCCCAAGAGUCUAGCAAGUAUGGUCUGGUCUCCAUCAGCGACGACAGCGUCAAGGAGUUGGACGACUACACUGCCCUCAAGACUGCCUUUGAUAAGACUGCCAACCCCAAGGGUGAUGGUGGCUACAACAGCACCGGUGGCGCCAGCGGUUGUCCUACCAAGAACGCUCCCAACUGGAACGUUGACAGCGAUUCUCUUCCUGCUAUCCCCGAGCCCGCCAAGAAGUAUCUCACCGAUGGCGCUGGCAAGGGUUCGGGUUUCAGCGGCAAGGGCAGCAUGAACGCUGGCACUCAGUCCACUGCCACUGCCACCUCUGGCUCUGGCGACGUGACUGGCAGUGCUAGCACUUCCUCCAGCACUUCCACCACUUCCACGGGUGCCGCUCCUGGUCUGCAGAUCCCUGCCCUCACCAUUGGCCCCAUUGCCGUUGGCCUAGUUACCAUUCUGUCGUCCGUCUUCGGCGCCAGCUUCGUCCUUUUGUAA